UCCCUGGCGCAGGAGCCGGUGGAGGAGCUGAGCCCGGAGCACGUGCUGGACAUGGAGGGGGAUUCGCGGCUCCACGUGAUCUUCGGGGGCACGCGGGUGGUGCAGCACAUCCCGCCCCAAAAGGCCUCCUCGGGGCUCAAACCCGUGGAUAACGGAUGCGUCGCCUACGCCCUGAGGACGGGAUUCAACACCUCCCAGGGAAAGCUGCUCCGGACGAUCCUGUUUGGGGUGAAGAGGGUGACGGCCAAUAACCUGGAGACCUUCAUCUUCAUCCUCUUCCUCCUCGUCUUCGCCGUCGCCGCCGCCGCCUACGUCUGGAUCGAGGGUACCAAGGAUCCCCGUCGGAACCAGUACCGGCUGUUCCUGGAAUGUGCCCUGAUCCUGACAUCCGUGGUGCCCCCGGAGCUGCCCAUCGAGCUCUCCCUGGCUGUCAACACCUCCCUCAUCGCCCUGGCCAAGCUCUACGUUUACUGCACGGAGCCUUUCCGGAUCCCCUUUGCCGGGAAGGUCCAAGUUUGUUGCUUCGACAAAACCGGGACCUUGACCAGCGACCACCUGGUGGUGCGGGGGGUGGCCGGGCUCAGGGAAGGGAAGGAGGUGACUCCCGUGUCCGACAUUCCCGUGGAAACACACCGGGCCAUCGCCACCUGCCACUCCCUGGUGCAGCUGGAGGACGGGACGCUGGUGGGGGACCCUCUGGAAAAGGCCAUGCUCCUGGCCGUGGACUGGACCCUCACCAAAGAUGAGAAAGUUUUCCCAAGGAGUCUAAAAACUCCGGGGAUGAAAAUUCACCAGCGCUUUCAUUUCUCCAGUGCCCUGAAGCGGAUGUCGGUCCUGGCCUCCUACGAGCGCGGCCCCGGCGCCUCCCCCGCCUUCGUCGCCGCCGUCAAGGGCGCGCCCGAGACCCUGCGGCCCAUGUUAUCCCAAUGUCCCAGCAACUACCACGCCGUGCACCGGGACAUCUCCCACGAGGGCGCUCGGGUCCUGGCCCUGGGCUACAAGGAGCUGGGACCCCUCACCCACCAGCAGGUGCGGGAGAUGAAGAGGGAGACCUUGGAAUGUGACCUGAGGUUCGUGGGGUUCAUCGUGGUCUCAUGUCCCCUCAAGGCCGACUCCAAAUCCGUCAUCAGGGAGAUCCAGAACGCUUCCCACCACGUGGUGAUGAUCACCGGGGACAACCCCCUGACCGCCUGCCACGUGGCCAGGGAGCUGCACUUCCUGCAGAAGGAAAAGACCCUCAUCCUGCAGCCUCCAGCUUCCAAAGGCUCCCCCUGGCAGUGGGAAUCGCGGGAUGGGGCCGUGGUGCUCCCGGCGUUCCCAGAAUCCCAGCGGGAGCUGACGGAGCCCUUCGACCUGUGCGUGACCGGGGAGGGGCUGGAGCACCUCCGGAGCGGGAACCGGGAGCGGCUGCUCCGGCUCAUCCCGCACAUCCGCGUCUUCGCCAGGGUCGUGCCCAAGCAGAAGGAAUUCGUGAUCACCACCCUGAAGAGCCUCGGCUUCUCCACCCUCAUGUGCGGGGACGGCACCAACGACGUGGGGGCCCUGAAACACGCGGAUGUGGGAGUGGCCCUGCUGGCGAACGCUCCCGAGAGGAUUCCCGAGCGGAAGAAGCGGCCCCGGGACGGCCCCGGGGACGGCAGAGCCGGAAUUCCGGGGGCAGGAGUCGGGAAUGUGAAGCCCACGUCGCGGGGAGCCAAGCACAGGGUCCUGUCCCAGCGGGAGGAGCAGCUGGCCAUCCACAGGGAGCGGCUCAGCCAAGUGCUGAAGGACCUGGAGGAGGAACGAGCCCCGGUGGUGAAACUGGGAGACGCCAGCAUUGCAGCCCCCUUCACCUCCAAACUCUCCUCCAUCCAGUGCAUCUGCCACGUGAUCAAGCAGGGCCGCUGCACGCUGGUGACGACGCUGCAGAUGUUCAAGAUCCUGGCAUUGAAUGCUCUCAUCCUGGCCUACAGCCAGAGCGUCCUCUACCUCGAGGGCGUCAAGUUCAGCGACUUCCAGGCCACGCUCCAGGGGCUGCUCCUGGCCGGCUGCUUCCUCUUCAUCUCCCGCUCCAAGCCUUUGAAGACCCUUUCCAAGGAGAGGCCCCUUCCCAACAUCUUCAACCUGUACACGGUGCUGACGGUGCUGCUGCAGUUCCUCGUGCACUUCCUGAGCCUCGUCUUCCUCUACCGGGGGGCCCAGGCCCGGAGCGGGCCCAGGGAGGAGGAAUUUGUGGAUCUGAGCAAGGAAUUCGAGCCGAGCCUGGUGAACAGCACCGUGUACAUCCUGUCCAUGGCCAUGCAGAUGGUCACCUUCGCCAUCAACUACAAGGUGCCUUGGGAUACAGGGAACAUCCCUUGGGAUCAUCCCGAGGGAUCA